AUGGAGCAAAGAGCAAAUAUUAAAUUCUGUGUUAAACUUGGAAAAACAUUUAGUGAGACGUACGAAUUGAUGCAUAAAGUUUAUGGUGAUGAUUGUUUAGCUCGUUCAAAUGUAUAUAAUUGGUUAAAACGAUUCAAAAAUGGUCGUGAAGAUUUGAAUGAUGAUGAAAGACCUGGUCGUCCAGAAGCAAGUAAUCGUGCUGAAUUGGUGGAAAAAGUCCGCGACGGAAAUUUCACUGUAAGAAUGUUGGCUGAAGAAUUAAAUUCAUCCACUGGUACUAUUUGGGAAAUUUUAACUGACGAUUUGGGUAAAAGAAAGGUUUGUGCCCGCUUUGUUCCACACCAAUUAAAUGAAGAUCAAAAAAUCGCUCGUGUAGAGCAUUGUAAAGACAUCAUUUCAACAGGUGAAAACGAUCCAGAUUUUCUUGAUUCGAUCAUAACUGGUGACGAAACAUGGUGCUUCAAAUAUGGCCCUGAAACUAAGCGUCAAUCUGCAGAAUAG